CUAAUCGGUAUAUAACGGAUCCAAGUUUUGUUCCCCGUCCUAAAGCUCCUUUGUAUGCGGGCAACCCAGCCUGCAAUGUCCAUCUUCCCCUCAACCCUGUCCACAUUGAAUGCAGCAGCCAAUCACGUGUGCCGCAGCCAAUCUCUCCGGAGCACACCCUGCAGACUCGCUCGGGCUACUGUGUUCUGCGCUCAAGGCUUUCCCACCCAGCCCAGCCCGGGGCCAGUCGGUGCAGGCCUGCGCAAGCUUCGCUUUCGUGCCUCUCUCUCCCCAUCGUCAGCCAUGUCUCCUCCACCAUCACCAGCCUGUCUGCGGCGACUUCUUUGUACACUCCCUGCCAUGGUCGCAACACCUCGCCCGGGCUAAAUCUUCCAUUCCGUAACCCUCCACCCUCUGUGCUGCCUGGCCACGCUUUCCUCUCGCCAGUCCUCUCCCUAGUAUUCAUCCUUCACGUGCCCAGAGAGAAGCGCCCCUUCCCGAACCCACCUUCCAACAAGCAACAGCAGCAACAACACCAGAACCACAUCAUUUCCCGCUUCUCAAUCGCCGUUCCGCAUUCAUCACUGCCCUCUGCAGCUGUUGCAGCCGUUGCAGCCUUUGCCAUUGAACUGGACGCCGGUCGCUCGAGUUCGACAAUCUGACUGACUGGCCGACUGACCGUCCCUGCAAGUUGCAACACGCCCCUUCCUCCUCGUCAGCGCCCGUGUUUCCGUUCCUUCCAGGGCUGUUGCGCACAGACCGCACUUUCUUCGCUUUGUUAGUUAGUGUCAAUCCCAAACGCCUCCAUAACUGCCAACGUACUGUCAACCGGAAAAUCUCCCAUCGUAUCCUCACGACGACAUUUACAACACUUUCCACCUCCACGGAACAGGGCCUCGCUACCCCACGUCAUUGCGGAUUCAACACCACCGUCCAAAAAUAUUCUGCCACACCAGAGACAUCUCCCUCGGCACCCACGUCUUCGUGCAUAACGUGCAUUUGGGCAUACACCGCGUCUCACGCGCCCCAUGUGCGGAUUAGCGAGAACGCUCAGCCUCCCAGAAAGACACCAUGUCCUCCUCGCGCUACCCGGAUAACAGGUAUGCGCGCGACAGGUCACCAUAUCGUGACAGACGGCCUUCGACCUAUGGAAACGGAUACCCGCCACGCUUGAAUGACCCUCCCCCUCGUCCUAAUGGCGAUCAAGGCAAUUUCCCGCCCCGCGACCCCCCUCGAGGGCCCAAAUCCCAUGCAGAUCCUCCUCGAGGUCCCGUUGCUGGAGGUCCCCAGGGUGCACCCUCAGCUCCACGAGACGCCCGAGGAAGAGGAGGCUUCGCUGGUCGCGGUGAAGCCCCUUCUCUUCGCGAUGCUCCUCCGCUCUCCAGCGUUUCCCAUUCACACAAUUCAUGGCGUGCGGACAGAGACCGCGAUCGAGACUUUGAGCGCGAUCGUCGGGAACGUGAACGGCGACCAUCUCCACCACGGCGGUCACCGCUGAGAGAUACACGUGACAAUCGUGACAACCGGGACCCACGGGACUUCCCCCCUCGCGAUCUUGAUAUCAACCGUGCCCGGCGCAAUUCCCGCGAAGGUCCUCCUUCAGCUGGAUCCACCUAUUCUGAUCCCCCCUUGGGGAAUGGCUCCUCAUACAGGGGCAGUGGGAUUGGUCGAGGACGGGGUGGUCGUGAUUUUCAUACCGACAUGCGCGGGCGAGGGAGAAAUUUCCAUGCCGACGAUCGCCAUCAUGAUGUGCGCGAUCGCGUACCCGAUCGCAUGCAAGACCGUUCUUACCGUCCUCGGAGUCGCUCGCGAGAUCCCGUGCGAAGAGAACGCGAUGUGAGAGAUGUCAGAGACGCCAGAGAUCCCAGAGAUGCGAGAGAUACCAGAGAUCCCAGAGAUGCGAGGGAUAUCAGGGACGUCAGAGAUGUGAGAGAUAACAGGGACGACCGAGACUUUGAUCGACGGGACCGGGAAGACCGCCAAGAACGCCGAUUUGUACCACGAGAAUACGACUCCUAUAUAGGACCGGCUGGCGGCGGGAAACCGGGGCCACGUGGACUUGACACUCACCGAGGGAGUGUGGCUUUGGAACCUCGUCAUUUGCCAGGUACACCUACGAGUGCCACACCGCAUACUACUCAUUCACCGGCGGAUCGGUUGGGUUCGCUUGACUCAUUUGUUCGCCGGGCUUCUAUGGCAAGUGAGUCUCUGGCUACGAAGCGAGAACCAACAAAAGAUGACUCCCUGCUCGCGAGCCGUGCCGAAGCCUCCAAGGAACGUUAUGCUCCACGUGCCUCUUCACCUCCCGCUGCUGUUCCGGCUUUUGGCUUUUCUUCUAAUGUUUGGAGAAAUCCCGCGCUCGAUGCCAAGCCCUCCGCCCCGCCAAUCCCCAAACCUGCAUCAAGCUCAACUACUGCAUCUUCCGCACCAGCUUCGACAGCCCCAGUUCCCCCGAACCCCACAGUGUCUGCAGGUCCGAAGACGAGCAUCCCACCCGGCCUCUCCACAGCACCUCCCACUGGCCCCAAAGCUGAUCGAGUACUGGAACGACCUCAAGGAGAUGCGCACAAUCAACACUCUGCCCAGGAGAGUAGGCCUAUACCCUCGGAGCAGACACGUUCCGAGUCUCGUCCUCAAAUCCCUCAAUCUGUCCAGGCCCAUCAUCCGCCAGCUGCUGAAGGUCACGAGCGUCAAGAGCCUAAACCUGCUCUCCCCGGUCCAAACAACCCUUCCUUGCCACCGACAAACUCUCCACAUCCAAAUUCAGUCGCCAGAAACAGGCCUCCACCGACGGGCCCUCAAGCAACACUCAGAGCCAACGUAUCGCCUUCGUUUCCCCGACCGGCACACCUGCCUUUUGCAUCGAGAGAUGCUUCGCGAGAUUCCUCUCCGAGCGCAAUACCUCCACAAUUGGGUCCGCGUAAUGGCAACACCGGUAGCAACGCGUCGUCAGCCAACACCUCGCCGAGGGCUUUGCCUGCCAACAUCCCCACCGGACCCAAAGCUGCUCGAGCCGGUCCAAUGUCAGCACGCCCUUCAUCGAUGUAUCCGCCAUCUGAUCGACAGGGCUUCGCGCCUCCAAGGAUACCCAUCGGCAGUGCACCCAAAAGCAUGCAAUGGGUGCGACCUGGGCUUACCAUGAACAAUCGGCCGAGCAUUCCGGCCAAGCGAGAAUAUCCAAGUGAGGAUCGUGACCGUUCAUUCGGUAAUGCGCCUAAAGCGCCAAAACUCGAUAAUGGUGCCUUGGUGGCAGAUCCACCCCGUCACGACGCUAGCAAAUCGACUUCCCCGUCUUCUGUACGACAAACAGCGGAAGGAGAGUUCAACGGCGAGAAAGCUUCACCAAUCGAAAAUCGCAAAGAGGCGCCGUCAAACCUGGGACCAUUACAUGUUCGACACAAAUCGGACGUAAUGAUGACUGAUGCUUCGCCGCGAACUGAAAAGCCGCCGAUGUCAGCAGCAUCGUCCGCCCCGGAGGCGCUUCAAGAUUCAGACGAUGACCUUGAUCUGGACGAUGCUGAUUUCGCCGAAUCAGAAGCCAAGUACAAUCGCGAGAAAGCACUUCUCGAAGCGAAACGAAUCAAUCUCAACGUCGCUCAUCUGCGAGCUACAACCCCUCUAUCCGAGAUUAUGCUUUUGGCGAGUUUGUCUAUAGAGCAUCUGCCACGCCAAGAGACCAAGUCAGUUGAUGGGGACACAGCUUCUAUACCCCCUGCCGACCGAUCAGCAGAAAGCAUCACAGCUGAACUCCCAACUCCCAAAGCUGAAGACGACAAUGUUGACGUCGUCAUGGAAGAUAAAGAGACAAAACAGCUAGCACCAGCGACAAGGGCCCUCCGCCUGCGCCACGGUGACAGCGAUGACACGGAGGAGGAGCCUGAUUUCAGUUCGCUCCCCUAUCUCGGUUCAGGGCCGCCAACCCCUAUAUCUGAGCUGGAGGGUCCUCGAGUGAAUGAAUCAUUGAUGCUCGCUAUUCGUGAUAGAUUAAAAAAGACUAUCGAACCGGAGCUAAGUCCUGAAGAAACCCUUCAACAAUAUGCAAAUGUUUAUCGAGAAUGGCGACUGAAGAUUCGCGAUCUGGACGAUGCUAGAGACCUCGAUGACCCGGAGAGACCGCCAUCAGCCGAACCGAGUGUGCGCGUCACCACUCCAGAUGUAACCAGUGCGGCCAUGGGCCCGUUGCUGGAUCUCCCUCCUACCACCACAGGUGGCCGACGAGGACACAGUAGUCGAUGGGCGACCGAGCUUGAUCUUGAAACGGCAAUCAAAGAGUCUUUAAAGACUGCAGAAGAAGAACGUAUGGGCAAGAAAGAAAGGGAGCCCACAAAAUCAAUGGCUGAUCCGGAGAAAGAGGCUACGCUGCCGACUCAACUGACUACUUACGAAGUACAAAGACGCAGGUUCAUCGACACCAAUUUCCAACGAGAGCCUGGGCAAGGGCUGUUCGUUUACCAUUACGAGCCACCAGAGGACGACUUUACUGAGGAAGAGCAUAGAAUCAUGGUGCACCAGUAUAGAGACCAAUAUUCUAAGAAAUGGGGUAAGCUGGCAGAGAUGCUCUACAAGGAGGCGGGAACCAGUCGGACGUAUAAGGAUUGCAUCAAUCAUUAUUACGCCACCAAAUGGGGCCGAGAGUAUAAGGGGAAAUUAAAGAGAGGAAGAGGGAAAAAACGAGGAGGUGGUGGUGCAGGUCGGCGAGGGGCCAUUUCUAAUAUGGGAGACCGACCCGAUCCCUCAGGUGACGACGGACUGCCUCCGGCUUUGACAGAAACAGGACGGCCCCGCCGCUCAGCAGCGCCUACGUUUGGCGGUACAGAGACGGAUCUAGAUACCACAACCUCCACGCCGACGUCGGGACGUCGCCGUGCUAACGACGGUGAAGGCACCCAUGAAAAAGUUGGUCGCAAAAAAGGCUCAAAAGAGAAAGCAGGCCGGAAGCCAAAAGCCCAACCACUUGUUCCUGCGCCAGUCGGGUCUCCUGUCAAGAUUGAUCGAAAGCUGAUGGAUGUCAAGAUGGAGGAUGAGCUCCAGAGACACCCGUUAGGCGAGAUGCCGCUUCCAAUGCAGCCCGCUCUCGAAGACGCGGCUAUGAAUCUCGUUAAUGAGCCACAAUUCCAUUCAGGGCAGACUGUCAGCAUCUCGGAAAGACCAAGAGUACAAGCAAGCUCAAGGCCUGGGCCUUCGAGUUAUUGGUCUGUCACCGAACAAAAUGACUUCCGACAGAAUGUAGCGCAUUUCGGAACUGAUUGGGCAGCGAUUGCACUACACAUGGGUACGAAGACUCAAACCAUGGUCAAGAAUCAAUACUUGCGCCUCGUAGAGAGUAGACAAGUGCCGGAACUAGAACGCCUUGCCAACGAAGCGGACGCUAGACGUGCACGAGGAGAAGAUCUUGGACCACCACCGACUCCAAGUCAAGCCCCAAAGAGACGCUACGAGAGCACCCAAGCAGCUGCUCCUCGAACAUUGGCUCCUACGCCAGAGGCGACGAUACCUCCAACAAUGGCUCUUCCGAAAGCAUCGCCCCCUGGCUCAGCCUCUUCCAGAUAUUCGACUAUCGCUCAGGCUCCACAAGAAGUAAAACCGGCUGUUGCGGCUACUGGAUACACAAAUCCAGAGCCAGGCACUCCGUCUUUGCCUUCUGUGCCUCCCCCACAGCAGCAAGGAAGACCAUCCCUUACUCAGCAGCAACAUCAAAUAUUGGAACAGCCACAACCAUCGCCACACUCUCAGCAGUCACCCCAAGCGCAGCCUGCCCGUGGACCACAACACCAGUUUCAGCAUGUAUCCCAGCCUGAGACGCGCCGUGCCCCUCCACCAGUGGGGUAUUUCUCACAAGAUUUCCCACCUCGCCGAGACCCUAGACCCACAUCCCAAUCUUCGAAUGCAACACAGAAUGUUCGGCCUUUACAACCUCAGAUCCAGUCUCAGUUGCGAGCACACGAGCCAUCUCAAACCCCAUUCUUCAGGCCAGCAACACUGCAAGAACGGGAUAGCGCGUCUAGAGCAGAACAGCAACAGCAAUCUCAACUGCAACCUCAGCUUACACCACAGCAGCAGCAGCAGCAGCAACAACAACACCAUCAACAGCAGCAGCAAGAGAAUGAAGCACGUAUGAGGUAUCACGGUCAACAUGCUCGGCGCAUUUCUGGGGAAGUUUCAACUGUGCAUGGCCGGCAUCCACCCACAUCGGCUGUUUCGCAAAUGCAAACACCCCAAAUGGCUAGCUCUCCGGAGCAUCGUCCCGUUCCAUUGCAACAUCGUGCGAUCCCUCAGCAACAAUCAGAAGCUUCCGUCCAGCCGUCGAUCUCGAUGCCUCCGGCACAGUACAUGCAAUCACGGUCUGCAGUAGCAACCCCGCCUCUAAAGGAAGAACCCCGUUCUUAUCCAGUGCCGCAUGGUUCUCAGAACCAGCAGCCCUUACCGCCGCCUACGCCCGCCCAAGGCUACGCACCGCUUGGACAGCCCCCAACCCAAGCAGCCCCGCCUCCACCUCCGCCAGCUCCAAAACCGGCUGCGGAGCCUAGAAAGUCCAAUCUGCUCUCUCUGCUUAAUGAUCCUGAACCUGAGGAGCCUAAACGGAAAAAGCCCGUCGAGCAGAAUUUGCCGUCUCAUACUCCUACACCCCAGCAGCAAGUUCCUAUUGUACCUCCUCCUGUAUCGCAGGCUUUGGCUCCUCAAAGAGAUCAGUAUCGUGACCCCUCUAGUUCUCAACCGCCUUUUGGUCGCAGUUCGUAUGCACCGCAAUCCGCACUACCUCAGAUGUCUUCCGGACGUCAAGUGGUGGACCUUACAAAUGAACAAGCAUCGGCCAGCAGGGGUCUUCCGAGAGAGUCGUGGCGGCAAUCACUUUCUGCACAAAGCCAACACCAGCAGGUACCAGCCCACAACUCACCUCACGCAGGUCUUGCUCAACUUGCGAACCAUCGGUCCGUCUUUGCUCAGCACAAUAACUCACGAUACAACCCUUCCCCUCCACCACUGGCCACAUACAACAACUCUCCACAUCUACAUUCAAGGACCCCCAGCCUUAGUGGGGCGCCUACCCAGCCGCCUCGUCACACUAUGACCGCCUCAACAUCCGCUCCACAUGCACAGGGAGCUACUUCGCAGAUCCUAAAGCCAAAUCCAUAUGCGCAAGUAGACCCCCCUGGACCUGGCGUACAGCCUUCUGGUCCGGUGGGCAUGCAACCAAGCCCGCACCUACAUAUGAGCCACGCUGCGUCGCAAAGAGAACUUCACAGUCGCAACGAACAUUCUCGCAAUCACAAUGCGGCAAUGGGCUACUCUAAUUCUCCAACACCAAACGAGCAUCACCCAAUGCCUCAGCAUAUGCGCGCACCUAGCAUGGCAGAUCAAUUUAGAGGUCGCGAUCCCCGCGAUCCCCGUGAUGUUCACGACUUUGACGCGCGUAAUCCGGAGAGAGACAUGAGCCGUGAGCUUGCUCACCGAGGCGACGCCCUGCGGGAGACGUAUCUAUCACGUUCCACAGGGCCUCCUCAAUCGCACAUCGACUCUCGAUACCAGGCGCCGCAAGAUCGCGGAUUUGCACCCCAACGCACGCAAACUCCGAUUUCCAGAUCAGAGCAUGGGCCCCCUCUACCCCUCCAACAUCCACCUCACUCGUCUCUAGGAGAUAGUAACCAUGCUCUUUAUGGGCAACGUCAGGAGGAGUCUCUUCCCCGAUUCAGAGACGCAUAUCCCAUAGAUCCUCGAGUGAGUGAACGCAUGCGCGAAGAACAGGCGCAGCAACAUCCGGCUAGUCGCGACGACCCAUACGCCCGGGAACGUGACAUGAGAGAGCGGGAAAUGCGCGACCGAGAGAUGCGCGAUCGAGAAAUGCGAGACCGAGAAAUGCAAGAAGCACAAUACCAAAACAUGAUGAGGCGACCAGGAGCCCCUCCGCAGGGUCACGAUCAAAGAGGUGGCCCACCUGCUCAGCCGAUGGAGUGGGCUAGACAUCCCCCUCCCCAUCAGCAACAGCAGGAUCCGCGCUGGGGUCGCUGA